AUGUCGGCACGGCAGAUAUUUCUCUGCACUCUCUCCCACGCUCUACCUCUAUCUUCCUCUCUUACCUUCAAAUCUAGAACAUUCCUCUUCCUUCCCUUCGUACACACUUACCGCACUCUAACUCCCUCGCUCUCAUCAAUGCCUCGCAAUCAGCGAAGUGGCGCGAACGUGGAACGGAGAUGGAAAUUGAAAGCGAAAACCGGGGCGCAGUUGUCCGCUAAGGGAGACGCCGCUGCAACUGCUGAGGAAACUGUUACUAAUAAGCUUGCUGGAUUGAGUAUUGGUGAAAACAGUGGGAAAACCGGUGCGCAAGGUGCGGUUUGGAAACCUAAGUCUUAUGGAACUGCGAGUGGAGGCACUGUUACCGAAGUUGAGAAUGGAACAGCAAUUGAGGCAAGUGUAGCUUCGACACAAAAGAGUGGUGGAAAUGGUCUAAGUAAGAUAUUUCGCGGUAAUCUGUUAGAGAAAUUCACUGUGGACAACUCCACGUACACACGUGCACAAGUCAGAGCGACUUUCUAUCCCAAAUUUGAAAAUGAAAAGUCGGAUCAAGAGGUCCGGACAAGAAUGAUUGAGUUGGUAGCAAAAGGGUUGGCUACCUUAGAGGUUUCCCUUAAACACUCUGGUUCUCUUUUUAUGUAUGCGGGUCAUGAGGGUGGAGCUUAUGCGAAAAACAGUUUCGGAAAUAUAUAUACUGCUGUUGGUGUAUUUGUUCUUGGACGGAUGUUUUGUGAGGCUUGGGGAGCUGAAGCUUCAAAAAAACAGGCUGAGUUUAAUAAUUUUCUUGAGAGAAACCGGUUGUGCAUAUCAAUGGAACUAGUAACUGCUGUUCUUGGAGACCAUGGACAGCGUCCCCUAGAAGAUUAUGCGGUAGUCACGGCUGUUGCUGAACUGGGAAAUGGAAAGCCAAAGUUCUAUUCAACUCCUGAGAUAAUAGCUUUCUGUCGAAAAUGGCGCCUUCCAACAAAUCAUGUGUGGUUGUUUUCAACAAGAAAAUCAGCCGCAUCUUUCUUUAUUGCCUAUGAUGCCUUAUGUGAGGAGGGGACUGCAACGUCUGUAUGCAAGGCUCUUGAUGAAAUUGCAGACAUCUCUGUACCAGACAACCAAUAUCCUUCUGAAGACAACUCCUGGUGGUUUGUAGUUUUUGCGUUCGUCUUGUUUCAGUUUCAGUCUGCUGUGUUUUGUUCGAAAGACCAUGUAAAAGCCCAAGGUGAAAUUUUAGAGGGUCUUGUGGCUCGUCUUGUAAGUCAUGACAGUUCAAACCAUAUAGAGAAAACUUUGAAAGAAUUUCCUCCUCCAGCUGCUGAUGGAGUGGCCCUUGAUUUUGGACCAAGUCUAAGGGAAAUAUGUGCAGCAAAUAGAUCUGAUGAAAAACAGUGGGACCUUGUGAAGCAGGAUAUAUGGGUUCCCCCCUCCCUCUGUUCAGGGUGUUGUCAAAUAAAAGCACUUCUCAAGAGUGUUGGUAGUUCUUUUUGUCCUGGCUACUCAGAUUGGUUUGGGACUGAUGGUGCUGAUUAUCAUUCAAGAAAUGUGGACAGAUCUGUUCUUUCAAAGUUUUUACAAGCCCAUCCUGCAGACUAUUCAACGAAAAAGUUGCAGGAAGUUGUUCGGUUGAUGAGGGAAAAACGUUACCCUGCUGCAUUCAAAUGUUAUCAUAACUUCCACAAGGUUGAUGCCAUGUCAAGUGAGAAUAUUUUCUAUAAAAUGGUUAUUCAUGUACACAGUGAUUCUGGUUUUCAGCGAUACCAAAAGGAUAUGAGGCUUAAACCAGGAUUAUGGCCAUUGUAUCGAGGUUUUUUUGUUGAUAUAAAUUUAUUUAAGGCAAAUAAGGAGAUGGCCGCCGAAAUUUGUAAGAACAGUGUAAAUGAAACUGGUAACUACAGCUCUGGGGAAGAUGACUUUGCUAAUGAAGAUGCAAAUUUAAUGGUCAAAUUGAAAUUUCUUACAUAUAAGUUGCGAACCUUUCUCAUUCGGAAUGGUCUGUCAAAUCUGUUCAAAGAAGGUCCAGGUGCUUACAAGGCUUAUUACCUAAGUCAAAAGUUUCACAGUCGAGGUCAAGGAUCUCAGCAGCACUGUGAAAGAGAUCCUUGGGACUUGCAUGCUGUUCAUGGAGAUGUUGAGGAUCUUCUUAAUUCAUAUGUUAAGUUACAACAAAUGAAAAAAUGGGGGACCUCUCCAGAAAAGCAGAGAGAACUUAGCAAGAUGCUUGAUGAAUGGGCUGUGUAUAUAAGAAGGAAGUGUGGGAAUAAACAACUGUCAUCAUCAACCUAUCUGAGCGAAGCCGAACCUUUUCUUGAAGAGUUUGCAAAACGUAGUCCACAGAACCAAGUUCUGAUAGGUUCUGCUGGUAAUUUAGUCAGAACUGAAGAUUUCAUGGCUAUUGUCAAGGAAGGCCAGGAUGAAGAAGGUGAUCUUGUGGCAGAGCGGAAGAUAGCACUGCCAGGGCCUAAUAUCUCAGUCAAAGACAGUGUUCCAAAAUAUGAAGGGUUGAUUGUAUUCUUUCCUGGAAUACCUGGUUGUGCUAAGUCCACCCUUUGCAAAGAAUUGCUAAAUGCCGAAGGAGGACUAGGAGAUGAUCGACCAGUUCACAGUCUCAUGGGUGAUCUGAUUAAAGGAAAAUAUUGGAAGAAUGUGGCUGAAGAAUUCAGAAAGAAACCAAAUUCGAUAAUACUUGCUGACAAGAAUGCCCCAAAUGAAGAAGUUUGGAAACUGGGGAAAGCGAGUGGGAUUGGCUGGAGUACCAUUGGGUUGGCAAAAAUAGCUGAGUCUGUCUAUGAAAGAUGUUGGCCAGAAGAACUGGACAUUGUUAAACCCAAUUUCCAGGUGCCAGGUGAGAGCAUGCUGCUGCAAGGGAUAUGCAGUGUUACUUUUGCUUUUGACUUGAUAGAAGAUAUGUGUCGCAAAACCAGAGCAUCUGCUAUACCGGUUGUACCUGAAUCUGAAGGAACUCAUACAAAUCCAUUUUCUCUUGAUGCAUUAGCUGUUUUUAUGUUCCGUGUGCUUCAGCGAGUCAAUCAUCCGGGAAAUCUUGACAAAGCAUCUCCAAAUGCUGGCUUUGUGUUGCUAAUGUUUUAUCAUCUUUAUGAUGGCAGGAGCCGUAUAGAUUUUGAGUUUGAAUUGAUUCAGCGCUUUGGGUCACUUGUCAAGAUACCACUACUAAAAUCUGAUAGGACUGCCCUUCCUGGGCCAGUGCAGUCCAUUUUGAAGGAGGGAAUUAAUUUAUAUAGAAAUCACGCACUCACACCUGGAAGAUUAGAUUCUACCAAAGGAUAUUACGAAAAAGAAUGGAUAAAAUGGGAGAAACAGUUACGGGAUAUUCUUUGCGAAAAUGCUGAGUAUUUUAAUUCUAUUCAGGUUCCAUUUGAGUUUGCUGUCAAGCAAGUGUUGGAACAAAUGAGAAACAUUGUUAAACGAGAUUACACACCACCAAAUACUGAAAAGAGGAAACUUGGUACCAUUGUUUUUGCUGCUCUCAGCAUGCCUGUUACUGAAAUUAAAGGCGUCCUCAAUAAAUUGGCCGACAGUAAUCCCAAGAUUGACGUAUUCCUUAAAGACAAAGAUUUCGAGAAUCUUAAUCGAGCUCAUUUGACUCUUGCCCACAUGAGAAGUCAUGGCAUCAAAGCCGUAGCUGAUUAUGGUAUCCAUCUUAAUAAAAAGGUUCCAGUGGAAUUGAGAGCACUGCUCUUCUCAAAUAAAAUGGCCGCAUUUGAAGCUUGUCCCGGCUCAGUGGAAGGUGAGAAGGUAGUUUCAAAAAAUCCGUGGCCUCAUAUAACCUUGUGGACUGCUGAAGGUGUUGCACCCAAGGAGGCCAACAUGUUACCAGAGUUGUUUGCAGAGGGGAAAGCAAAUCGAAUUGACUUCAAUCCUCCCAUCAUUUUGUCUGGCACUGUUGGCUUUUAUUGA